AUGAGUGCUGAUCACCAAGAUAUUAAGAAUAUUACUGAUACUGUUAACAAGUUACAGCUAGAAGAAGAUAAUAACUCUGGAAACACAGUAGAGAGUCGAAAUUUUCAAAUAAAUACAGUCAAUGGAGACACCGAAGUCUUGUCUGCAAAUUCUGAUACGGAUGAAGAAGAAUCUGAAGAGGACAAUGAUAAUGACGAUUCUCAGUCAAAGCUAGUUGAGGCGGAAGCAGCAUUUAAACAAAAGGAAUUUAAAAGGAUUAAGGAAACUUAUGGAAUGACGGAAAUUCCGGACUCUACACCACAGAUACUUCCCUCUGAUAAGGAAUUAACAGAAGAUAUUCCAUUGGAUACUGACUAUAUUGAUCUUAUUCAUAUGAAAAUUGCUUCAUUAGAAUCUCUUGGAUUAUCAAGGUUUAAUAAGGUGGAGAGCUUGGCCUUAAGAGAUAAUUUGAUUGUGUCGUUGCAUGAACUCAAACAUCUUUCCUGUAAGAGCACAUUGCAAGAACUAGAUCUUUAUGAUAAUCGUAUUAAGCACUUAUCACAUCAUAUCAAUUCACUCAAAAAUCUCAAAACAUUGGAUUUAUCGUUUAAUAAUAUUAAACACAUUAAGCAUUUGGAUAAUUUAUCAAAGUUAGAGAAUUUGUACUUUGUGCAAAAUAAGAUUCAUGUGAUUGAAAAUUUGGAUGGUCUCAAAAAUUUGAAGAAUUUAGAGUUUGGAGGAAACAAGAUUCAGAGAAUAUCUGAAUCGCUACUCGACCUUCCUACUCUUGAACAAUUGUGGCUUGGACAAAACCGCAUUACAAAAUUUGAAAAUCUAGAGAAUUUAAAAAACCUUCGAAUACUCUCAAUACAGUCAAACAGAAUUGAUCAUAUUGGUGGUCUCGAUUCUCUAGAGAGCCUUGAGGAACUUUAUGUUUCGCAUAAUAGGUUGACAAAGAUUGAAGGAUUAGAUAAUCUUAAGAAACUUGAAAUUUUGGACAUAACUGGAAAUAAAAUAACCAAAAUAGAGAACAUGAAACAUCUCAAAAAUCUCACCGAUUUUUGGGCUUCAUAUAACUUGAUAGAUUCAUUUGAAAGCAUCAGUGAUGAGCUCAGCGAACUACCCAAGCUUGAAACGGUUUAUUUUGAGGGAAACCCUAUACAAUUGAAAAAUCCUGCACAGUAUAGAACGAAGGUUAAACUUAACUUAGGUAAAUCCCUAAGAAAAAUUGAUGCUUUGUAUAUUGCUUCAAACAGAAUGGUACAGUAA